UCCGCUGUCCGCUUCCACCUCCGUCGUCCGUUUACAACUUGGCACCGUAUGGCUGGCCCACCCAAGUUCCGUGGUCCUCUCAGAUACCUUCUAGUCCUCGACUUCGAGGCAACUUGCGGCGAUGUCGUAAAGCAGAUGGAAAUCAUCGAGUUCCCGACGUUGCUAUAUGACUUGCAUGAAGGCAUGGCUCGUCCAUUGCCAGCUUUCGUUUGACUUAUGUUCGAACAUUUGCAGGCAAGGUUCAGGCAACAUUUCACGAGUACGUGAAACCCGAGAUACACAGCCGUUUGACACCCUUCUGUACAGAAUUAACUGGCAUAACACAGGUUUGUCUUGAGCGUCAUUCUUGAACCUUUCUACGACUGAUGGGACUGUAUGUACGCAUUGCAGGAAACCGUCGAUUCUGCUGAAAAUUUUCCAGCAGUAUGGAAACGAUUCCAAGAGUUUCUUGCAUCUCAUGGUCUCCUGGAUCCUGAGAAGAUGGAGUCUCACAUAUUCGUGACUUGCGGCGAUUGGGACCUCAAGACUAUGUUGCCCAAGCAACUUAGUCUUGUAGAGGCUGAUCACGGCUUGGACGAGAGCGGCCGAGUUGUUGCUCCCUACAACCGUUGGAUCAAUAUCAAGACCCCAUUCAAGAAGCGGUUUAACAUGACGCGCUUCAACGUCAGUAUGCCCGCCAUGUUGAAGAAGCUGCAGCUGGAACUCGAAGGGAGGCAUCACAGCGGCAUCGAUGACUGCAAGAAUAUCUUGCGGAUCAUUGAGAAGAUGAUCGCUACGGGAUGGGAUCCCAAUACCACCCAGGCUUCUGCGUCGACCUGGUCGCCCAGACCGCCAGCUGCUACUGGCUCCUCUUAAUUGUCUACAUUAACUGCCGCCCAUUGCAUCCCGCGUUCCGCGUCCCUUUGCGCUCAUAGCAUCCGGGAACGUGACUCUUGGAAGACAAUAAGGGGGCGCCUGCCGCCCUAGUGAUGUUCCGAGAGGGACCUGUUCCUGCCAGAUGCACUAUUGGUGCCGAGCUCAUGCAUCGAGUACACUAGGUAGCCGUCCGUUAUGUUGAGGCGAUACUGUGUAUCUAUCAUCUGGGGCUGAUGCCGUGGGAGAGGAUGCGCCCCGGAGACAAUAAGGAUUCUACCCGCCCGUCUACGCACUUACAUGUUU